AUGUCCUUCAAGAGUGAGACACUUAAUCGGGACGAACGACGCGCGUGGCUCAACGAAGAACUAGCAGAACGCAAUAGGCAACGAAAGCGUCAGUCCGAGCAACAAGGUGCAGCUUCUGAGCUCGAAAAACACGAAUUCUGGGCACCUUUUGCACACCGAGCCACGACAACGAAUGAACUCAACAUUGCGUGGAAACAAGCUUGCGGAUUCUUUACGUGGCAACGAGUGCUGUUGCUUCAAAAUCUGUUAGCACUACGAAUUACAGGACAUGAUUUGCAUGACAUCCCGGAAGCUCUUGCUUCUACGCUUCCGCUAAUAGAAACAUUAUCGUUUAUCGACGAUAAACUUGAAAGUCUCCCUGAAAGUAUAGGAACACUCCAGAAUUUAACAAGUCUCGAUUUAACUAAGAAUCGAUUUCAACAAUUGCCUGUGACUUUCACAAAUCUCACGAAACUAAGAAUCUUGAAUUUAUCGAGUAAUAUCUUAGAGGAAUUGCCAGAACAGUUUGGAAAACUCGGCAAGCUCGAAAAGGUUUGGCUCGAACGCAACAAACUUACGACUCUUCCCGAGUCUAUUGGAAUGUGUCAAAGUCUAAUGUAUGCAAACUUGAGUAAUAACAAGUUAGUCAAGCUCCCAGAAUCGAUUGGAGGCCUCGUUUCGCUUGAAACUUUGUCACUAAAUAUGAACAAGUUGAUCGAAUUGCCUGAUACCAUUGUUAGUCUACCAAAGCUACGAACGUUCAAUGCUUCACGUAAUCAAUUUACUAGAUUACCUCGACAUAUUGGUGAUAUGCAGGCACUAAGACAGCUGCGGCUGGACUGGAAUUAUAUUCAAGAACUUCCAUCUUCCUUUCGAGCGCUGACGAAGUUACAAGUUCUUUGUAUGGAACAGAAUCCUAUGCGCAUACCAACUAGUGACGUCAUUGCACGUGGUGUGUUAGAGACUCUGAUGUUCAUGCAUAAAGCUUUUGAAGAACUUCAACGUAGUAGUCGACGAGAAACUGCAGAAGCUCUUCAAGACGUUUUAGCUUUUGCUGCUAGCCUUAUACUCAUGAAUACAAGUAUAAAGAGACAGCUUGCGAGCAACGAUGAUCUACACAUCAUUAUGUCGUAUUUUGAGCCGGAAUGUGAUCAUCUUGCACCUACACCAAGCAAGGAACUCAGGGUAUAUGGUGUCGUGUGGGAACGCUUUUACUCAGAUUUGCUGCCUGCAAUUGAGCGUCAGCAAGCAUUAACUCAAACAAUAAGCCAGCAAUAUCCACAAAACAAAGCAAAAGUCGAUCAAAAGCCAUUUUCCCACCGUUUUUCAGCAGAAGAAAUCGAAGAUGCACUGAUCAAUUAUAACGAUGCUUUUAGUACUGUCAGUAUGACGGGAGAUGCAUCCUCUGGAGUACUAGUGGAAUUUCGUCGAUGUGCUUGUUUAAAUUCAGUUACUUCUAAUGAAAAAGGUCAAUCUUUUCAAAAAGUUUGUUUGCCACGAGAAAACCCUUUUAAUUGUCAACGCUUAGGUCGAUUGAUACGUGCACAGAUGCUGACAAUGGAACAAGCACAAGAUCAGCUCGCCAGUAGCUACUUUCGCCGAAAAGUUGAUCGUCUCGUACAGAAAACGCGAUGUCGAACGAUUGAUUACGUGAAUUCGGCUGCAGGUAUGGCUCAAUUUGAGAAAAGUGCACGAUUUCUUGCACAUGAAAUGGUGUCUCGACGUCAUCGAUUACGUCAAUUGCUUAAAACGUUCGAGAAAGCGCAACAGCAUCUUUGUUCUCGACGUAAUAAACUUUGUCGACAGAUUGAAAACCUUAAGCGAGCAAAAGAGACUCAAGUCCAAGCUCUUAGGGAUAAAUGGGCACGUACUGAAAAUGCUCAAAAGAAAUUGCAGUAUGAACUUGAAAAUGCGAUAGCCAAAGAUAAAGAUGGAGCGGUGGUUGCUGUGAAAUCAAAAAAGAUCAAGAAGUUAAAUGAGAAACUCGAUGUGUUGCGAAUUGACUUAGAGGGCACUGGUACAGGUGAUGAAAAGAUGAACAAGAUUGAGCUGGCAAUUGCAAGUCUUGACAUGGAAGAGCAGAAGCUUGUUAAAGUGACGGAGAAAUCAUGGGCUUUAGAGAUGGAGAUUGAUCUGGAAAAUGAAGAGAGAGAGAAGGAAUUUGACGUGGUGGAUGAUGAAGAAGACGAUGAAGAAGACGAAGAUGGUGAGGAAGAAGACGAAGAGAGUGAAGAUGAGGAAGAAGAUAGCAAUUUGGAUGUAGAGGGAAACACAGACGAAGCAAGUUGUUCAGAAAGUGAAGAAAAGGUGAAAGCUGAAGGUUUUACGAGUUCUUCAAGCAAGCCAUUUUUUAACAUCAAUAUGCCGAAAGAAAUGGUUGUUGACUAUCGAAAAACAGCGAUUUUAGCUGUUGAUAAGGAACUUGAAAGAUUAGCAAAUGAUGAGAACCAGAAAAAAGGGAAUAAAUCGAAGACUGAGAUCAUCACAAAGCGGCCUCAAUUCACCAUCCCGCACAUUGUUUCUGAAGAAAAACUUUUGGAACUAUUUCGCACACAACUUCGAGACUCAUAUGUCGAAAUGCAAUGUGCUAAAGUAUCAACGCAAGUUACAAAAGAGUUUCUGCAAAUGCGCGCAGUAUUACAGCGAUGGCGUGGUCUAAAUGCUCUUGCUGUGUUUGAAGCGUGGCACCAAGUGGCUCAUUUAAACCGAUUAAAUGCUAAGGCUUUCAAGUCUAGUUCAGAGCAGAUAAAGAUUCUAGAUAAGCAGAAUCAAGAGCUAGAAGAAGAAUUUGCACGAAUGGAUGCUCGACUUUGGGUACAGCGCUCUGAUGCUUACACAGAUGCGAUUUACUAUGAAAACGAACAAACCGGCGAAACAAGCUACACCCCUCCACAAUAUUGGGCGGAAGAGCAACAGAAACAUGUUAAAUUCGACGACAUUCCUCGAAUUAAACUUCCCUUGAUCCGAUAA